UAACAUCAGUUUUCCAAACAGACAGUGUCCCCAUCAAAAUUUCUUAAAGAUGUCGACCAAGGUAGCUGGUAAAGAAAAUGGCAGACAAAGAAAGAAGUCAUCCGGAUGGUGAUCCAAAUCUCCAAGUUCAGAAGAUCUCGCGAAACGUGAAGAAAUCGCCAAAUAUGUCACAAAAUGAUUCUUCGUCAUCGGUGGGAAACGGCAAACGAAGGAAUGGGGGGGAGGGAAGCAUGCGAAAACGCAGUCUCACGCUGGCGUUGCCUCUCACCCUGUCCUCCCUGCUCCAACUCAAGAAAGAACUCAACGUGUCCAGAAGAGGAAGUCGCUGUACGACAAGAAAGACCAUGAUUAGUUCCACUUCACCGACGUUACCUCGUUGUCACUCCCCCAUUUUACAUUAUAGCCCUGGAGUAGCUUUGCGCCAAAUUCAAAACAACCGAAAUUUAACUUGUUAA